GCCCCCGCCCCCGCCCCCCAAAACCUACCUACCCUCUCCUCUUCCUCUCUCUAUUUCUCUCCUUCUCCCUCUGGAUCUCUGCAAAUCUCCCCCAAUCUCUCUCCACUCUCUCGAUAUAUGCAUAUAUAGCCUUAUGUUCGAGUUGAUCCCUCUAAUAGAAUUUGAAUUAUCAUAAACUCCUCAAAAAAACCAUUUUCAGCACCUAAUUCAGGGUAAUGCCAGCCAACAACAACCAUUUCCACCACCACCACCAUGAAAUCCCCAAUCCCAAUCCCAAUCCCAAUCCCAAUUCCAAUCCCAACCCAUCUCAGCCAGCACCACCGCCACCAAAACCCACUCCCCAAUUACUCUCUCUCCUCCUCAAAUCCAUCAUCAUGGUCCUCAUCAUCUCCCUCUUCUUCCUCUUCCUCGGAAUCGCCGCCGUCGCCGUCAUCCACUUCUUCCUCGCCGGCGGCGUCCUCCAUCGCCACCGCCUCCGCCGCCGUUCCAAUACCCAAUUCCCCGCUGACUCCUUCGCCACGUCGGCAGCCGGGUAUUCCGCGGAGGACCUCCAGAGGUGCCUGCCGAGGCUCAAAUACGACGCCCGAUUGCCCGGAACUUCCUGGGUGGACUGCGCCGUGUGCUUGGAUUGCUUCAAAGAUGGCGAUUGGUGCUUGACUCUCCCGGAUUGUCACCACAUGUUUCAUGCGAGUUGUGUGGACAAAUGGCUAACCAAAGUGCCCAAUUGUCCAAUUUGUAGAUCCACCGUUCGACUGAAUUCCGAGGCCACCGGUUCGAUGAUUGGGGAUGACCAUUGCAAGCUUUUGUGGGCAAUUGGUGUUUGAUUGAAUCAAUGGGUAUGGGCUAUGUGUUGAGAGUUUGGGUUUGACUCAAAUUUUGACUACUUUUUUGAGCUUUUUUGUGUAAUUAAUUAGAGCCUUUUUUUCCCCCUUAUGAAUAGUGUAGUUCGUUGCAUAUUUCUUUGGAUUCUCUUUUCCUUUUUCUAUUGAUAUUUGCUAUUUAUUUUGAAGAGAGAAAGUUGAUCAAGAUAGAUUGAAAUUGCACUGUGA